GUCUGAUUGGCUCAAUCUUUUCCAUUCUACAGUUUUUCUCCUCUCCCCUCACUGGCGCUGUUUCAGACUGCUUGGGCAGAAGACCUGUCAUCUUGAUGACGGUGAUGGGUUUGAUAACAUCAUACGCACUGUGGGCUGCCUCUAGGACUUUCGGCGUUUUUCUGCUCUCCAGGAUCAUAGGUGGAAUAAGCAAAGGGAAUGUCAGCCUCUCCACAGCUAUAAUUGCUGACUUGCACUCUCCAAAAGCACGGAGCAAGGGCAUGGCAAUGAUUGGUGUUGCUUUCUCCCUUGGUUUUACCCUGGGUCCCAUGAUCGGAGCUUACCUAGCCAUGGAGACAGAGAAAGGAGAAGUCUUCUAUCUUCGUUCAGCAUUGUUAGCACUCAUUUUUGCUGUGGCUGAUUUAAUUUUCAUCUUCUUCCUACUUCCGGAGACACUUCCCAAAGAAAAAAGGGUCUCUUCCGUGACGUCUGGAUUUCAAGCAGCAGUUGACUUGCUCAGUCCCUUGGCUUUAUUUCAGUUCUCUGCAGUCACCCGAGGAAAGGAAUCCCCUUCAGAGCACAAUCUUCAGAAUCUCAAAAUCUUGGGCCUGUCUUAUUUCCUGUACCUUUUCCUGUUUUCCGGCUUGGAGUAUACACUGAGUUUUCUUUCAGCAGAAAGGAACCACUACAUUCACAUGCAGCAGGGCAAGAUGUUUUUCUUUAUUGGAAUAACAAUGGCUGUGAUCCAGGGAGGCUAUGCUCGCCGAAUCAAGCCAGGAAAUGAAAUCAGAGCUGUAAAAAGGGCUAUUAUGUUGCUGAUUCCAGCUUUCUUGUUAAUUGGAUGGGCUGCAAAUGUGACCAUGCUGAGCGUUGGACUGUUGCUGUACUCCUUCGCUGCGGCCAUUGUUAUCCCGUGCUUGUCAGCAGUGGUAUCAGGCUAUGGCUCUGCCAGCCAGAAAGGACGUGUCAUGGGGAUCCUGAGGAGCCUGGGUGCCCUUGCCAGAGCCCUGGGACCAAUCCUGUCAGCUACAGUUUACUGGCUGGCAGGGGCAGAGGUUUGCUUCACUGUCUGUGGAGCUCUGUUCCUCAUCCCCUUCGUUUUACUUGGUUCGAUAAAACAGCAGACAAAGGAGGAGUAG